AUGGCAGAGCUGGUACUCCUGCCCACAUCCACAUAUCAGCCUCCUUCGCCCUCGCAGGGUCGAAGGCCAGGGAGGUUGCUUAAUACUAUAAUCGAGGAGGAGAACGAGGACGGUCAGCAAUGGCACCAGCUCCAGCGGCGCCAGAACCAACGACAACGCGACGGCCGCAAGCUUCAACCCCCCGCCAACGUCCAGAUCGAGGCCUGGCUCUCCCCCAUGAGCGACCACUUUCCCACGCCUAGGGGCUUCCACUUCAUGUCGGCCCCCAUCCUCCCAUCAUCUCCCUCCAACGACUCGGUCGAGGAGCCUCUGUCCCCGACGACCACCUCGAACCCGUGGAACCACCGAGCCAGCGUCAUGACAGACAUCACCGAGUUUGACGAUCUCUACGGCAUCAGCGACGACGAGGAGCAGCGCCUGCGCCGCAUGCCCUCGAGGAAGUCGUCUGUCCGCCGAAGGAACACCGCCGCCGACGCCGCCAACCAAGUCCAGACGGCCAUGACCGCCCGCAAGGCGUUGCCCCCCUUGGUCAUCCCCGCGGCGCGCAUCAACACAACCGACGACAGGUCCGCGCGCUCGCUCAAGAACAAGCUCAUCUCCCCCGUGCCGCCGACACCCCCGACGCGCGUCGAGAUGUCGCCCGAGGUCUUCUCCUUCAUGCAAGCCCGCCAGGUCCAGGAGAUCCCCACCAUCUCCGCCCCUCCCUCCCUCGACGGCAGCUUAGACGGCAGCCUGACUUCGGAGCAGCUGGCCCAGAUGUCGGCGCCCCCCACCCCCGUCAUCGGCAACGACGACGGCGACAAGGCCGAAGACUGGUCUGGAGUGCAGCUCCAGCCAGGCGCUUUGGCAACCCUGCAGGCGCUGUCGGGGGAUAACGACAGCGUCGACGGGCACCACGAGCACCAGGAACAGGUCCUCGAGAUCCCCCAGGAGCCUGUUCGCGAGAUGCGCCAGCAGAACCUCCGCAUCUUCACCAACAUCCGAGCGUCCGCCCCCCGCUCAGGCGAGAUGACGCCCGGCUCCCAACGGCGGUCUCUGGCUGAUCUUUCCAAGCUCGAGAUCCCCUCACCCGGCGGGUUCUUCUCUGGUCUCUCCCCGCGCACGAGGACCACCUGGCACAUGCCCAGCCGAACCCCCGAGGACAUGGUCCCGCCCACCUCCACCACCGCAGAGCAGUUCUACCGCUGCCCCUGGAACGUGGACGCCUCGGUGCCCCCCGUUCCCGCCCUUCCCAGCCUGCCGGUCCGCCAGCCGGCGGCGGCGGCGGCGGCCAGCAGCAUGGCAGAGCAGUUUUACCGCAGCAUCGCCAUUCCAUCCUCUCCUGUCGAGCGCAUCAUUGAGGUGGCGGAAGAUGACAUGGAGGACGACAUGCCCACCGCCAGGCCCGUCGUUCCCACCAUUGCAUCCGGCUCAUCUACGCCUGCGGAUCCCGUCUCUCCUGGAGUCGACGAAGCCGCGACCGAGAUUGUCACCACGUACGACCCGGAGUACGCUCGCAAGCAGGAAGAGGUAGCUCUGUCGAACCUUGACCGCACUGGCAUCUGGCUCAUGGCACAACGAGCCUAUCUCAAAGCCGUAGACGUGGACACAGAGGACAGCGAACAGCAAGACCAAGGCCUUGAGACUAUCCCCGAGGCUGCAGAGGAGUCUGGCGACUUGGUGGUCAAGGCUUCUGAGCCCGCAUCCGCCGAGCUUCCCAAGAAGAAGACGGUCCGGUUCUCCACCCUCGUCUCGCUGACCAACGUGCCGCGCUCGCUUCCCUCCAAGCUCUUGCGACAGGAAUCGGCCUACUACCGCGCCUUCCAGGACUACAUCAUCCAGAGAGGCCACCUCGAUGCCUUUGUCCACCAGCUGCCGCGCUUCGAGGUCCUCCAGGCCCAGCGCGUGUGCCGCCGCGAGUACCACCGCAACCAGCUCCUCGGCAAGUAUCAACUGAGCGUCAUGCCGCAGUCGGCCAAGAAGCGACUGAGCGCCAACGUCGCCCGCGGCGAUGAUGUUCUCAUCGACGACCCUGAGAAGCUCAAGCGUGAGAAGGAGCAGGAGGCCAUGAGCCAGACGUCCAUGUCCAACUGGCACGUGGCCGCCACGCGCUACCUCAACGGUGGUCGCCUCAUCUCCGCGCCCGUCGCGAAGCGCCUCGCGCGUCUCUCUCGCAUGGCGCCGGGCCCCGACGGCGUCGCUCGCGACCGAGCUCGCAUCCUCGACCUCGGCGGCCAGGCCACGUGCGACUGGGCAUGGCACUGCGCCCUCCAGUACCCCAACACCAAGAUCUACACCGUCACCACAAAGGCCGUCCGCCAGCUGUCCAACUCGAACAUUCGCGGUCCACCCAACCACCGCCAGGUCGCCGUCGAGCGCCUGACGCGUCUGCCCUUUGCAGACGCCCAGUUCGACCUCGUGUCGGCGCGCGAGCUGCACUCGCUCCUCAAGUUUGUCGGCGGCAACGGCGAGGACGAGUGGGAAGGGUGCCUGCGCGAGUGCAUGCGCGUCCUCAAGCCCGGCGGCUACCUCGACUUCUCCCUCCUCGACUCGGACCUCAUGAACGCAGGCCCACUGGGCCUCGCUAAGAGCGUCGAAUUCGGCUUCACUCUCAAGACCCUCGGCUACGACCCGGCGCCCACGAGGAUGUGGCUCGCGCGCCUCGCGCGCGCCGGCUUCCAGGAGACGCGCCGCGCCUGGCUCUGUCUGCCCAUCGGCGGCCGCCCGCCGGGCAAGCCCCUGCCGGCCCUGCCGGGCGCCGCCGCCGCGGGCGGCAAGACGGUCACGCUGGAGGCCAUGGUGACGGGCAGCACCGACGCCGUGGCGGCCCUGACGGGCGUCGCCGGCGGCUGGAGCUGGGAGCGCUGGCUGCUGCGGUGCGAGAUGGAAAAGGUCGCCGGUGAGCUGCGCCUCGCCGACACGGUCACGGCCGGCAGCGUCAUGACCGAGGCAGGCAAGUGCCUCGAGGGCGUGUCGGCCAUUGUCGAGGAGGGACGGCUCUGCGGCGCCGGCUGGAGGAUGCUCAACGGUUACGCGAGGAAGCCAAAGGUCGGCACGGGCUUCAUCCCCCUGAAGGUCGACGUGUAG